AUGCAGCAGUUCCAACAGGAACAACCAAUGCCCCCGUUUACACAACUCAACAUGCCAUCCUGGAUUCCCCUGCUCCCUGGUCAACAUUUGCCGGGUGCCAGUCUGCCAGCUCUCUAUCAGCCUGUCCCUCCUCCUGCAGGAACGCCUGGCAUUAGGGGCGGACCUGGUUAUGGAGCAACUCUAAGAAGCCAGCAGCAGAGUCCUAGCUAUUGUUACCAUGUUGGCUACCCAUAUCCAGGCUUUCCAGGCCCUUGGGAUCCUUCAUCUUGGUUGAGCCUUCCACAACAUCUACUACCUCCUCAUAGCAGUGCCUUCCCUGGACACUGUCCUUAUUUCUCUCCAAUUCAGCCACCAAUACCCGGUUCUUCAUCGGCUUCCACCACAUCAAACCAGGGAAGUACGAUGAGACCAACCGCAAAACUCUCUCUGAUACACCAGCAACCAUGGGAAGCUCAACCUUUGGAGAAUGUUCACCUACGGAAGAUUGUUGGUGAGUUGCAAUCUGAACUGGCAGAUUGUAAGGGCCGGUUAACAAAGCUUGAGGAAGACGUAUUGUGCCUAAAACCUGUUGUAAAAGAGGGAACAACUACUGCAACUGGGGUUUCUUCAGGUGCAAAGACUUCAAAGAGAGGAAGGCUGGAGAAACUGGUAACCCCAGAUGGAAGGUUGCCAUCAACAGAUACUUCAUGCCCUCGAAUUUGGAAUAGGAAGUCUGGACUACUUGAAACUCUUUGUCAGACUGAAAAACUACACUAUGAGAAAGUGAUUUUAAAAAAAGUGGAAAAUGAGCCUUCUGUGCAGUAUACAAACGAUGGAAAGGUUAAAAUUCCUUUCAUCAAUUCUAGUGGCAGUCUUGAGAUUCCAUGUAGCAGCGGAUUAUGCGACACCAUUUCCGAUCAUCAUUCUGCAGUCCUAAUUAGCAAGGCUUCCAUCAAGCCUGAGUUGAAGAAUUAUGACACGGGGGCUCCACUUCUUUUACAAAUUCAUCUCAGAAUGUUUAUAGGACUGGAGAAAGUAAUUCUUCUGGAAACUUUGUGGAGAUGA